GAGAGCUGAGGCCGACCGGAGGCCCCCACAGGCGGGAAAGAAGAACGGGCUGCAGUAGUUUGGAGACAGCACUGCUGCUCUGCCUUGACGGAGGUGGGAGGGUCCUUUCUCCCACAGUUUGCUUGAAGAGAAAAGCUGAUCACAUACAGGACCAUAUUUUGAGCAGAAAUGGACCAAGAAGUUGGUGAGCAAAUGGGAGACCAGGUGAAACAGAUAGAUGUGGCAGGAGACGUUCCAAAAGCCAAGAAAUGCACGGUGAUCGGAGGCUCUGGAUUUCUAGGGCAGUACAUGGUGGAAGAGUUGCUGGCGAGAGGCUACGCCGUCAAUGUAUUUGAUAUCCGGCAAGGGUUCGAUAAUCCCCAGGUGCAGUUCUUUCUGGGUGACCUCUGCAGCCAGCAGGAUCUGUCCCCUGCUCUGAAAGGUGUUAGCACAGUUUUUCACUGUGCGUCACCCCCACCGUUCAGUGACAACAAGGAGCUCUUUUACAGAGUGAAUUACAUUGGCACCAAGAAUGUCAUUGAAACUUGCAAAGAGGCUGGGGUUCAGAAACUCAUUUUAACCAGCAGUGCCAGUGUCAUCUUUGAGGGCGUCGACAUCAGGAAUGGAACCGAAGACCUCCCGUACGCCACGACGCCUAUCGACUACUACACGGAGACUAAGAUCUUGCAGGAGAAGGCAGUCCUCAGCGCCAAUGACCCGGAGAGCAAUUUCUUGACUGUAGCCAUCCGCCCUCAUGGCAUUUUCGGCCCAAGGGACCCGCAGUUGGUCCCCAUCCUCAUCGAGGCGGCAAGGAACGGCAAGAUGAAGUUUGUGAUCGGAAACGGGGAGAACCUAGUGGACUUCACCUUCGUGGAGAACGUGGUCCACGGCCACAUCCUGGCCGCAGAGCACCUCGCCCAGGACGCAGCCCUGUGUGGGAAGGCCUUCCACAUCACCAACGACGAGCCCAUCCCUUUCUGGACAUUCCUGUCCCGCAUCCUGACCGGCCUCAACUACGAGGCGCCCAAGUACCACAUCCCCUACUGGGUGGCCUACUACCUGGCCCUCCUGCUGUCCCUGCUGGUGACACUGCUCAGCCCCAUCCUCCAGCUGCGGCCCACCUUCACGCCCAUGCGGGUGGCGCUAGCCGGCACCUUCCACUACUACAGCUGCGAGCGGGCCAAGAAGGCCAUGGGCUACCAGCCACUGGUCACCCUGGAUGAGGCCAUGGAGAGGACCGUGCAGAGCUUCCGCCACCUGUGCAGGGUUGAGUGACACGCCCCGGGGACCCGGCUCUCUCCUGGGUGCCUAGGACUCCUGCUCAGUGACGAGAGCACCCCAGUCCCUGCCGUGGCUGUGAGAGCAGCAGAAGCAGCAGGCCUUCCUCCUUUCUCGGCCUGGAGUGGGAUUUCUUAAAGCAAGCAGCUUCACAUUC